UCAUUCGGCUCGGGCGGCUGGAUUUAGGUUAGGUUAGGUGACGCGUAUCGAUCGACCUGUAGCGUUUGACAGGUGGGAUUCCUUGUCACAGUGUUGAUAAGGGCUGUCGGAAAUACUGAAAAAUGGAGAAACGCGCAUUUACGUGUUUCUUCGCUCUGGCGAUUUUCUUUAAGUUCACGUGUUGCUACGACACGAAGAAAUACUCGUUGAUCAUGCCAAAUGUCAGACCGAACACGCCCGAAUUAUAUUUAUGCACUCCGAUUAGGGUAGACUCUACAAGAAAUUAUUAUAUUGUUGGUUUCGAGCCAAAUGCAACAAUGGCAACAGCUCACCAUAUGCUUGUCUUUGGUUGCACACAACCAGGUAGUUCAAAGGCAGUUUGGGAUUGCGGAGAAAUGGCGAAUACUAACAGCAAGGUAGAUACUGCACCUCCAUGUGCAGACGGAGCUCAGGUGAUUUAUGCUUGGGCAAGGGAUGCUCCUCAAUUCGAUCUACCAGAAGGUGUUGGUUUUAAAGUAGGCGGCGAUUCUCCCAUCCAAUAUAUCGUAUUGCAAGUGCAUUACGCACAUAUUGACGACUUUAAGGAUGGCAGAACAGAUGACUCAGGUGUAUUUCUGCAUUAUACUACGCACAAGAUGGACAAAUUGGCCGGAGUUAUUGUAUUAGCAACAGGCGGUGUCAUACCGGCUAGGAAAAUGACACAUAUGGAAACGGCUUGUCCCAUACUAGAAAAUAAGACUAUUCAUCCGUUUGCAUUUAGAACGCAUACUCAUUCGCUCGGAAAAGUCGUGUCCGGAUACGUAGUGAAACCGAAUAACGAUUGGAUUGAACUUGGUAAGAGAGAUCCACUAAAACCUCAGAUGUUUAAUCCGGUCACCCACAAAGUUCCAAUCACGUAUGGUGAUACGUUAGCUGCCCGUUGUACAAUGAAAAAUACACGCGACAGGAUUACGUACAUAGGCAAAACAAAUCAAGAUGAAAUGUGUAACUUUUAUCUUAUGUAUUACGUCGACGAAGGCUCUCCGCUUGAACGGAAAUCUUGCUUUACCCCUGGGCCUCCUUUGUAUUAUUGGAAACAAGAGUUAAGUAAUAUCCCUGACAGAGAGGCAUCUACUUUAUAAGAUAUCAAUGAGUGUCAUUUGGUACAAAGAGAUAGAUCGAUUUUGUUUUAUCAAGAGAAUUAGAUAAAAUCCAAAUGUUUCUGCAGAGUAUUUAAACGCAUUUGAAUCCAACUCGUCAAUGAUAGAGUCGAUAUUUGGGGACCAUACUGUCCUAAUAUAAUUUAUGACAGAUCUUUUAAUAAUUUAUUAUUCCUGAUGCAGCUUUUUUACCAAUUCAGUUUAUUCUAUCACCAUUCCUUGUGUUUAGAGUUAUGUGUUCAAUUUUGAAGCAACUCUCUUGGAGGUGUUAUCUCAGCAUAGACUAUAUAUUAUUUGUCUGUCAUACGCACAAAUUAUUCUGAAUUAAUUUUUUACUUAUACUCUUUUUAAACGAUUAUAAGCAUUGUAUGAAUUGUGUAAUCAGGGUACAUUGUACUUAUUUUACGUAAAUUUUGGAAGGACUCUAUAUCAAUUUAUAAUACUGAAAUACCUCUUCUUGUCAAUUCUUAUAAAUGUGGCAUAUGAUUAUUUAAAUUACUAUUACAAUGUAUGCUGCGUUAUUGCCGAUGGAUUGUAUGUAAUAAUGACUGCAUUCAGGAAGCAUACCAUCAACGCGCUCCCCGAACGCAGCCAAUUAUAUGUAAUUUUCAUGACAAAAGAAAGUCUAAAUUGUCCAACGAUUAUAGAUUCACUUAUUGUUUGAUCAGUUAUUGUUUUACAAUAUUCUUAACUACUGUUUUCUUUUGAAUGUACAUAAUUUAAUCAAAAGUACCGUGUUUUAUCCGAUUAAAAAUGUUAUCGCGUAUAUUUAUAUUAAAGCGCCAUUCAGAUGUGAUAUAGAAAGGUAUAUAUUAAUCUUUGGCCUAGUUUCAGUUAAUAUUUAUUAUUAUAUUAUAUGUUAUUUAAAAAGAUUGGAGAAAUUAUUGGUGACAAUGCUAUACGGUUGCAUGUGCAAUAUAAUUCUUGAUUUAUUUUAAUAAUCAAUUUAUUGAGAUAUAGAGCAGUAUAUUGUAUUUAGAAUUUUGGAGCCACUUGUACGAUGCAUUUAAAUAAUUCCAUGACUGAUUAUAAAAAGCACAACCGUUUGCGAAUCUAUUCGUUAAUCAUAGUAUAUAUGUAUAUACGUAUAUGGCGAGAGGAUACUAUUUUCAAAUGUUGCGAAGCCUUUUUUUCGAAUAUCUUCUCUAGACUGUACAUAUAUAAUGCUCAGGAAUCUCUAUUCCUGGAGACUGCAUAAGUGUUAAAUGAAGAGAUAUAAAUACAAUUAAUUAGCGCAAUUUCCCGCGAUAUCAUUUAUGGAUAUUUAUUUUCCAUAUUUAUUUUCACAUGUAAAUUUGACAAUUGCCUCCGGGAAGAAAUCUAAUUGUGAAAUAUGUAUUUCAAUAAAUGACGUAUACGCAAAA